AUGUCCCGCUCAGGCGGCUUGGCUCUUGAAGAAUCCAACGUGUCCGGCCUGCAGCUCGUGAAGAAUCCCAUGUGUCCGGACAGUCGGUUCAGCCCGGAGGUGGACGAGAUGACCGGCUACAAGACGGGCUCGCUGCUUUGCAUGCCCGUGACGAACCAGGCCGACGACGUCAUCGGAGUGGCGCAGAUCAUCAACAAACAACAGUCGUGCUCCAAGUUCACCGACGCGGACGCACAGACGUUUCAGAAGUACUUGGUGUUCUGUGGGAUAGGACUCCAAAACGCUCAGCUGUUUGAACUAUCAAUAUCGGAAUUUAGGAAAAACCAGAUUCUGCUGAAUCUUGCUCGAGGCAUUUUUGAAGAGCAGUCCAGCCUGGAAAACUUGGUGCAGCAGAUAAUGCGGGAGGCGAUAGACCUGCUGCACUGCGAACAAGCCGCAGUGUUCCUGCGCGAGGACCAGCACGACGAGGUGGCGUGCAGGACCGAGCGGUCCCUGGGCAGCGCGGUCCGGUCGGCAGACCAGCUAUCCAGCGGCGAGCACCGCUCGCGCGCCACCUCCCGGGAGAGCGGCCACUCGGACCAGGCCGGGUUCCACCAGUGUUUCACCCUGACGAAAGAGACUGGAGGCGGCCACACGCUCCGCACACUGAGGGAGGCCGAAUUCCGGCACCUGGCUCUGCACGACGUGGCGCUCCGGGUCCUCGACACCGGCGAGACGAUCUGCAGUUCGGAGGAAGGCACCGACAACUGUGACGUGCGCUGGCGGCGGGAGGAGCGGAGCGCCGCGGCACGGUCCGUGCUCACCAUCCCAAUACACAACCAGAGCCACGUCACUAUCGGCGUGGCCCACUUCAUCAACAAGGAGAACGGUCAUGGCUUCACCGAUCAGGACCUCCGCGCAGUGGAAACAUUCGGCGUGUUCUGUGGGCUUGGCAUCCACAACAGCCAGAUGUACGAGCACGCUUGCCGGCUGAUGGCCAAACAGCGUGUGGCGCUGGAGUGCCUCUCCUACCACGCCACGGCCAGCGCAGAGAGCACAGCACAGCUGGCCGCCCGGCACGUGCCCUCCGCUCACGAGCUGAACCUCUACAGCUAUCAGUUCGACGACAUGGAUCUGGACACAAAAGACACUUGCACUGCUGCCAUCCGAAUGUUUAAAGACACAAAUAUGAUCAAGAAGUUUCGGAUUCCAUAUGAUGUGCUUUGUCGCUGGAUUCUCAGUGUACAGAAGAACUAUAGGCCCGUGAAGUAUCACAACUGGCGGCAUGCCCUGAACGUAACACAGGCCAUGUUCACGCUGCUGCGAACUGGCAAGAUGGGCAAUUUCGUCUCCGACCAGGAGGUGCUGGGCCUGAUGGUGGCGUGUCUCUCGCACGACCUGGACCACCGGGGCACAAACAACGCCUUCCAAUCCAAGACGGACAGUCCGUUGGCAAAGCUCUACUCUACAAGC